GACCCACCACAUCAAAGCGAUACAAGAACUAUUUAUAUAGCAAAUCGUUUCCCCCAGCAUGGCCAUUAUGUUCCUCAGAAGUUUGCAGACAACAGAAUCAUAUCAUCCAAGUAUACAGUGUGGAAUUUUGUCCCAAAAAACUUAUUUGAGCAGUUCAGAAGAGUAGCCAACUUUUAUUUUCUGAUUAUAUUUUUGGUUCAGCUCAUGAUAGAUACCCCUACCAGUCCUAUUACCAGUGGAUUGCCAUUAUUCUUUGUCAUUACUGUGACAGCCAUAAAACAGGGUUAUGAAGAUUGGCUACGACACAAAGCAGACAAUGAAGUAAAUGGUGCUCCAGUUUAUGUUGUCCGAAGCGGUGGCCUUGUGAAAACCAGAUCUAAAAAUAUUCGGGUGGGGGACAUUGUCAGAGUAGCCAAAGAUGAGACUUUUCCUGUUGAUCUGGUGCUUCUGUCAUCUGAUCGAGUUGACGGUUCAUGCCACGUUACUACUGCAAGUUUGGAUGGAGAGACCAAUCUCAAGACACACGUUGCAGUCCCAGAAACAGCAGUGUUGCAGUCUGUUGCCAACCUGGACAAACUGGUAGCUGUUAUAGAAUGUCAGCAGCCAGAAGCAGAUCUGUACAGAUUUGUUGGAAGAAUAACUGUAAGUCAACAAGCUGAGGAAAUAGUAAGACCUCUUGGGCCUGAAAGUCUCUUACUUCGUGGAGCAAGAUUAAAAAACACUAAAGAAAUAUUUGGUGUUGCAGUGUAUACAGGUAUGGAGACAAAGAUGGCAUUAAAUUACAAGAGUAAAUCUCAGAAACGGUCAGCAGUAGAAAAGUCCAUGAAUUCCUUUUUGAUUAUUUAUCUAAUAAUCCUCCUAUUUGAAGCCAUUCUGAGCACUAUAUUAAAGUAUGCAUGGCAGGCUGAAGAGAAAUGGGAUGAGCCUUGGUAUAAUGAAAAAACAGAGCAUGAAAGGAACAGCAGUAAGAUUCUGAGAUUUAUUUCAGAUUUUCUUGCUUUUCUGGUACUUUACAAUUUUAUCAUACCUAUUUCACUGUAUGUGACUGUUGAGAUGCAGAAGUUUCUUGGAUCUUUUUUUAUUGGCUGGGAUCUUGACCUCUACCAUGAAGAAACAAACCAGAGAGCCCAAGUAAAUACGUCAGACCUCAAUGAGGAAUUGGGACAGGUAGAGUAUGUGUUUACAGACAAAACUGGUACAUUAACUGAAAAUGAGAUGCAGUUUCGGGAGUGCUCCAUUAAUGGCAUAAAGUACCAAGAGGUCAAUGGUAAACUAACUCCAGAGGGAUUUUCUGAAGAUUCUCCAGAUGGAAAUAGGCAUAGUUUGGUGAAAGAGGAAGAACUCUUCUUGAAAGCAGUUUGCCUUUGUCAUACAGUGCAGAUCAAUGCAGAUCAGACAGAUGGUGCCGAUGGUCCCUGGCAUGCCAACGGAAUCACAUCCCCAUUGGAGUAUUAUGCUUCUUCACCAGAUGAGAAAGCUUUAGUUGAAGCUGCAAGCCGGGUGGGAGUAGUAUUUACUGGAAUAAGUGGUGACAGUAUGGAAGUAAAAAGUCUUGGAAAACCAGAGAGGUAUAAAUUGCUGCAUGUUUUGGAGUUUGAUCCAAAUCGCAGACGAAUGAGUGUCAUUGUAGAGAGUCCCUCAGGGGAAAAGCUGUUAUUCACAAAAGGGGCAGAAUCUUCCAUUCUUCCUCGUAGUAAGAGUGGAGAAAUAGACAAAACAAGGAUACAUGUGGAUGAAUUUGCUUUGAAAGGACUAAGAACUUUGUGCGUAGCCUACAGAAGAUUCACACCUGAGGAGUACCAAGAAAUUGGCAAACGCCUUCAUGAGGCCAGGACUGCCUUACAGCAGCGGGAGGAAAGAUUAGCAGACGUGUUCAACUUCAUAGAAAAGGAUCUGGAAUUACUUGGGGCUACAGGAGUAGAAGACAAACUGCAGGAGAAAGUCCAGGAAACUAUAGAAGCCCUCAGGCUGGCUGGUAUCAAAGUGUGGGUGCUCACUGGAGACAAGCACGAAACAGCUGUCAGUGUCAGUUUAUCCUGUGGACACUUUCACAGAACCAUGAACAUCCUUGAGCUUGUGCAACACAAGUCAGACAGUACCUGUGCAGAACAACUGAGGCAGCUAGCCAAGAGAAUAAAGGAAGACCAUGUUAUCCAGCAUGGACUGGUUGUAGAUGGGACCAGCCUCUCUCUUGCACUCAGGGAACAUGAAAAAUUGUUCAUGGAAGUCUGCAAAAACUGUUCUGCAGUGUUGUGCUGUCGCAUGGCACCCCUUCAGAAAGCAAAGGUAGUGAGACUGUUAAAAACAUCUCCAGAGAAACCUAUAACAUUAGCAAUCGGUGAUGGUGCUAAUGAUGUGAGCAUGAUACAAGAAGCACAUGUUGGCAUAGGAAUCAUGGGCAAGGAAGGAAGACAAGCUGUAAGAAACAGUGACUAUGCAAUAGCACGGUUUAAAUUCCUCUCCAAGUUGCUUUUUGUUCAUGGGCACUUUUACUAUAUUAGAAUAGCAACCCUUGUACAGUACUUUUUUUAUAAGAAUGUGUGCUUUAUUACACCACAAUUUUUAUAUCAGUUCUUCUGUUUGUUUUCACAACAGACGCUCUAUGACAGUGUAUACCUGACUUUGUACAAUAUUUGUUUCACUUCCCUGCCUGUCCUCAUAUACAGUCUGUUUGAGCAGCAUGUGCAUCCGCAUGUAUUGCAGAGUAAACCUGUGCUCUAUCGAGACAUCAGUAAAAAUGCCCAUCUGGGGUUUAAACCAUUUCUUUACUGGACCAUCUUGGGCUUCUUUCAUGCAUUUGUUUUCUUUUAUGGCUCGUAUCUUCUAAUGGGAGAAGACACUUCUCUGCUGGGAAAUGGCCAGAUGUUUGGAAACUGGACAUUUGGUACUUUGGUCUUCACCGUUAUGGUUAUAACUGUCACGAUGAAGAUGGCACUAGAAACUCACUUCUGGACAUGGAUAAACCAUUUUGUUACAUGGGGAUCCAUUGUAUUUUAUUUCAUAUUCUCCUUGUUUUAUGGGGGAAUUAUCUGGCCAUUUUUACAUACCCAGGACAUGUACUUUGUAUUUGUUCAACUGUUGUCAAGUGGUUCUGCUUGGUUUGCCAUAAUCCUCAUAGUAGUUGCUUGUUUGUUUAUUGAUGUUGUGAAGAAAGUGCUGUACAGACAUCUACAACCAACAAGUACUGAAAAAGCUCAGCUUACUGAGGCAGGUUCAGGUAUCAACUGCUUGGACUCCAUGUGCUGCUUCUCAGAUGGGGAAACAGCAUGCACAUCUGUUAGAAGAAUGUUGGAACGACUAAUGGGAAGAUGUAGUCCGACCCGGGUCAACAGGUGUGGCAUUUCUCUCAAUAGCCUUUGCUGCAGACGAUUCUCCUAUAAACUGGAACCUGAUGAGCCUGCAGCAAUAGAUGUCUAG